AUGGACAGUAGCACCUGGAGCCCAUCGCCCACCACCGCUGCUGCUCCAGUGGAAUCCUAUGAGCGCAUCCGAAAUGCUGCGGACAUCUCUGUCAUUGUCAUCUACUUUGUGGUUGUGAUGGCCGUCGGGCUAUGGGCUAUGUUUUCCACCAAUCGUGGGACAGUCGGAGGUUUUUUCCUGGCAGGCCGAAGUAUGGUGUGGUGGCCGAUUGGAGCCUCUCUCUUCGCCAGCAACAUUGGAAGUGGCCACUUUGUGGGGCUGGCUGGGACUGGAGCAGCUUCAGGGAUUGCCACUGGAGCCUUUGAAUGGAAUGCCCUGUUUUUGGUGGUUGUGCUGGGCUGGAUAUUUGUUCCCAUUUACAUAAAGGCUGGGGUAGUGACAAUGCCAGAGUACCUGCGGAAGAGGUUUGGAGGCAAGCAGAUCCAGAUUUACCUUUCCGUUCUGUCCCUGCUUCUCUACAUAUUUACUAAGAUCUCGGCAGACAUCUUCUCUGGAGCCAUAUUCAUCAAUCUGGCUUUGGGCCUGGAUAUAUACCUGGCCAUCUUUAUCUUAUUAGCAAUCACUGGRCUUUACACAAUCACAGGGGGCCUGGCAGCUGUGAUCUACACGGACACCUUGCAGACAGCAAUUAUGCUGGUGGGGUCUUUUAUCCUGACUGGGUUUGCUUUCAAUGAAGUGGGAGGGUAUGAAGCCUUCAUGGAAAAGUAUAUGAAAGCCAUUCCAACCUUAAUUUCUGAUGGAAACACCACCAUCAAGGAAGAAUGCUACACUCCAAGGGAAGACUCCUUCCACAUCUUCCGAGAUCCCCUGAAGGGAGACCUCCCAUGGCCUGGGCUCAUCUUUGGGCUGGCCAUCCUCGCCUUGUGGUACUGGUGCACAGAUCAGGUGAUUGUGCAGCGCUGCCUCUCAGCCAAGAAUAUGUCUCAUGUGAAGGCCGGCUGUACCCUGUGUGGGUACAUGAAGCUGCUGCCCAUGUUCCUCAUGGUGAUGCCAGGGAUGAUCAGCCGCAUUCUCUACACAGAAAAAAUUGCCUGUGUCAUUCCUUCAGAAUGUAAAAAAUAUUGUGGCACCCCAGUUGGCUGUACCAACAUCGCCUACCCCACCUUGGUGGUGGAGCUCAUGCCUGAUGGAUUGCGAGGCCUGAUGCUGUCAGUCAUGAUGGCUUCUCUCAUGAGCUCCCUAACUUCCAUCUUCAACAGUGCCAGCACCCUCUUCACCAUGGACAUCUACACGAAGAUCCGGAAGCAAGCAUCUGAGAAAGAGCUCAUGAUUGCAGGAAGGUUGUUCAUUCUCUUUCUGAUUGCCAUCAGCAUUGCCUGGGUGCCCAUUGUGCAGUCAGCGCAAAGUGGGCAGCUCUUUGAUUAUAUCCAGUCCAUUACCAGUUACUUGGGACCACCCAUUGCAGCUGUCUUCCUGCUUGCUGUUUUCUGGAAGAGAAUCACUGAACCUGGAGCCUUUUGGGGACUCAUCCUAGGAUUUCUGAUUGGAAUUUCCCGUAUGAUUACUGAGUUUGCCUAUGGAACUGGGAGCUGCAUGGAGCCCAGCAACUGUCCCACCAUUAUCUGUGGGGUCCACUACUUGUAUUUUGCCAUUAUCCUCUUUGUCAUUUCUGUCAUCACCAUUGUGGUCAUCUCCCUCUUCACCAAGCCCAUUCCAGAUGUGCAUCUCCAUCGUCUGUGUUGGAGUCUUCGCAACAGCACAGAAGAACGUAUUGACCUGGAUGCAGAAGAGGAGGACCUCCAGGAAUCCCCGAAGGAUACCAUUGAAAUUGAUGCAGAAGUUCCUGAGGAGAGAAAAGGGUGCUUCAGGCGGGCCUAUGACCUGUUCUGUGGGCUGGACCAGAAGGGACCUAAGAUGACCAAGGAAGAGGAGGCAGCUAUGAAGAUAAAGCUGACAGACACCUCUGAGAAGCCUUUGUGGAGGACAGUAGUGAACAUCAACGGCAUCAUCCUGCUAGCUGUAGCUGUCUUUUGCCAUGCAUACUUUGCCUGA